UUGAUGUAUGGCGAUAUGGUAUUGUACAUAAUAUAUUAAUUGUCCUUACAUUAGUUAUUAGUUAGAUUAUGGCAGAUAACAGUGUGCUCGAGAACCGUUCUACCCUAUUUCAGAUUUGGUUGUGCCCCCGUGUGUCAGCGUUGACUGGCUCUCCUGGUUUAAAGAUCCUCUUUGUUGUAUCCCAACCCUGGAAUCGGAAGAUCGUUUAUUUGUUUGGUUUUUUAUUGCAAGCAAUGCCCAGUUUUAAAUAUUAAAGCUGUUUUCAGAAGGCGUUUGUGAUAGGCCGAUUGGAGCCAGAUUUUCUCUUGUCUAUAAAUCCACACUAACGAUGGAAGAAAAGCAGUACACAUCUUUGACGGUCCCCACGGAUUACCUUCAGCAUUGGUUUCAAUCAACUCAGCAGUUCCAAGCCCUCCAAGCUACACAAUAUCACCAGAUGUCAACUGUUUCUCCGUAUAUGGACGGGUCAAGAGAAGACACGGAGAUGACAGAGCUUUCUGUCCAUCAGGAGCCUGCACCUGUUCCAGAACCAGUUCCUACAAAGGGAAAGCGAGGCAGACCUCCUACAAAAGAGCCAAAGAAACCUGGUCCCAAAAAAGCAAAGGCAGCUGAUGGAGCUGCCGGAGGGAAGCAGGAGAAGAUUUCAGAUGCCUUCAAGAAAGUGAAGAGGAAAAUGAAUCGCUUCAACGGUGUCUCCGAGGCUGAACUCAUGACAAAAACUCUGCCUGAUAUUCUUACCUUCAAUCUGGACAUUGUGAUUGUUGGUAUUAAUCCAGGACUGAUGGCAGCUCACAAAGGGCAUCAUUAUCCUGGGCCAGGGAACCACUUCUGGAAGUGCCUCUUUUUGUCCGGCCUCAGCGAUACUCAGUUAAAUCAUAUGGAUGACCAGCUAUUGCCAGAAAAGUGUGGUAUUGGGUUUACAAACAUGGUGGAGAGGACAACUCCAGGAAGCAAAGACCUUUCCAGCAAAGAGUUUCGAGAAGGAGGCAGAAUUCUAGUAGAGAAGCUAAAGAAGUAUAAACCAGUUGUAGCUGCUUUUAAUGGAAAAUGCAUUUAUGAAAUUUUUAGCAAAGAAAUCUUUGGAGUCAAGAUUAAGAAAUUUGAAUUUGGUUUGCAGCCUCACAGGAUCCCAGAAACAGAAACAGCAUGCUAUGUGAUGCCCUCAUCAAGUGCACGCUGUGCCCAGUUCCCUCGAGCCCAAGAUAAAGUUCACUACUACAUCAAGCUGAAAGAACUGCGUGACCAACUGAAGGGUCAGCCAUCAGUCACCAAGGAUGUGCAAGAGCUGGAUUACAGUUUUGAUCUGAAGUUGGCAAAGGAGGAUGCAAAGAGGAUGGCCAUUAAGGAGGAGAAGUAUGACCCAGGCUACGAAGCUGCUUUCGGUGGUGCUUGCAGCGAGUCUGGACCAGAGGGCAAUGGACCCUGUAAUUUCUCUGCCACUGAGCCAGAAGCUGGCAGUAAGGAGGGGAGUACACCACCUGCUUUUGGACAGGUUCCAGAAGGACAGUGGAUGAUGCAAUCGUUUGCAGAUCAGAUUCCAGACAUUGGUAGCUGUAGCACACAACCACGAGAGGCAACAGGAGCUGACUAAACAGCCAAAACCUGGGAACUGCAUGAUCGCUGCAGUUUUAGUGCAGUCACCAAGACACCAAACCUCAGUUCCUAAACUGAAGUAGUUUUUUUUUUUUUUUUAAUGGUAUCAGGUAUUUUAUAAACCGGAGAAUUACAUAGUGAAUUGCAUUUUAAGUAGGUUAGUUUAUCACAUGAAAGCUCUCGAAGUAUUUAAUGUAAUUCAUACUUUUUUUUUUUAAUGCAUAUUUUAGAGAUGGGGACAUUUUACAAAGUGCUAUUUUGGUAUGUGGUCUGGAAAUGCAAUAGUACUCCCAUUUUUUUAUGUAAUGGAUUUUUCUUAACUACAAAACAUCUGGUUGUUACUCUUAUACUUGAUCAUGUUGUGUUUUAAAAUGAAGAUGCUUCAGUAAUGUUUUAUUUUAGGCUAGUUUUUGUUUUACUUGAGUCUAGUAUCUAGGUCCUAUUGCAAUUGAAUCCAAUAAAUAACUACAUACUGAUAUUCAAGAAACCUGUAUCCUACCUGAGCUGCCCAAUUUGGUGAUUUAAUACCUGGUUUUACAUCUUGGAUGGGAUCAAACCCAGGACUGCCUCUUGACUUCAACCAUUUUACCGUACUGAACAGUGCCGAAUUGUAGUAGUUAUUAAAGCAGGCUGGUAAUCCUAGUUCAGCAUGCUGGUUGAUACUACUGAUCUAAUUUACUCUAGCAUUUAAGUGACUGUUGCAAAACCAGCUAAUGACUUUCACCAAGUUGAUGUUACAUAUGUAUCUAUUUUAUUUUAAGUACAUACUUCAGAACCUUCAGUUUUUCCUCAGGUGAGGGAAUAGUGUGAAGCUGCCUCAUUUUUAAUGCUUGCCAGACUGACUCCCAUCAAGAGCAGAUGCGGUCAAGUUUGGGCAUUGUAAACCUUGUUGCAUAUACUGUGCCUUUUUAAAAGGACCAGGGAUUAAUUGGCCCUUUCCCAAUGGAACUGCUGGAACAAUGGGUGGGGGUGGGGGGGGUGGCAGGUUACAGUUAAAUAAUAUCAAAGACCUGUUAUGUGGGAGCUACUGAGUGGAUUGAAACAAAUCACUGGCAGGGGUUGGGGGAGGGAUUAAAUAUGUACAAUAUUAUAAGUUUACAUCUUCACUUCAUGUCUCCAGGUACUGUAAAGUUAUUUCUGCUGUAAAUCAAUAAGUUUUUAAUUGAAUUUGUAAAGUUAAGUGUGUGUUAGAUUUUAUAUAAAAAAAGGUUUGUUUUUCUUUCUAGAACAGCCCUGCCUAUUCUGUCAAAGGGAAGAUUUGGAUAUGUGACUGUGGGCACCAAGGUUCUAGGAAGCUUGGUACAGUAAUUACUGGAAGGCUAUACACACCUUUGGCUAGAUCCUUUUUAAAAUGUUUGGUUAAACAAAAAGAAAUGCACAUACCAUGUCAAGGGCUUUGCUGAAGUUCUGUGACUGAGUGGGACCAAAAGUACUAGCUUGACCAUGGUGGGCUCACUUAUUUGAUUGCACCUCACAUAAAUUAGGCUUAUGUACCACUUUAGCAAGACUUUGAAUUGUGACUAUUUGAAACUAUAUGAAGCACUCCUAACUUGUUUAUUCACUUCAGUGCUGUAAAGUUGUUGUUUUUUUUUUUUUAAUUGGCCCUCUGACAGGAUGUUCUGAAUUGCCUCUAUGCUGAAAAUUGGUAAUUGUUACAGCUUUUUACUCUAGGGUCACAAGUCAAUUUCCUUACUUUUGAGAAUGCAAUCAACUUGUAGAUUGAUGUGCUGCAGAGAAGCUGGGGUGAUCUUCCAUUUUUAGUUCUUAUCCUGAUCAAUGCCAGUAAUUCUUUCUGACUUUGUUUGUUUUAGCCAGGUCUAUGAAGAAGGAGGUUAAGUGCAAAAUAAUACUUUAUUUCUCUGACUGGUAUCUUCAUGUUUCCAUCCAAUGAAUUAAGAGGCCAAGCACAAGUGAUGUAGGUGCUCUUAAUACAAUGGCAGCUAUUUGAAAUGCCUUGAGCUGUAGUGUGUUUGUGUGUAUUAUACAAAUAUGAGUGUCUCAACAUUUGUUUGAUUUUAUUGCACAGGAAAGAGGGAGGUGUAUUAAGUAUGACCAUCCUGACCUUGCACAAUAAAGAUUUUGCAACCUCA